GUUUUGCCAUUGUAUCUACACCCACACUCACACCCUCAUAGAUAUAUAUUCAAUCUAAGCAGUAUCAUAGUAUUUUAUACCAAAAUAAUUGUUCUUACUUCACCGUAACCCUAUGAUCGAAAAGAAAAAAAAAGUGGUACAUAUAUGUCCCACCGCCCGUUAAAGGGUUAAGGAAUAUCUGAUUGAGUAUAUACUGAAAAUAUUUGUUUCGAUUUUUUUAAUGUUUAUACAAUUCUUAACCCUUUCACUGGCGAGUUUGGGAGGAUUCACGAAUUUCGCCUACAUGCUUAUAGGGGAAUUCGGCAGUGUCACUAUGUGAUCGCAUAUGUGUAAAAAUAGCUCCUAAUAACUAUAUUGAGGAGUUUAAACUAUGUUAUAUUUAUUUUAAAAACAUUGGGUUCAUUUUUCUAUACUAAUUUCAUGUUAUUACAAUUGGCGAGAGUUCACUGUAUUUAAGCCAAAAGUCGGAGAGACAAAAAGCUAAUUUUAGACGACUAAGUUCCUUGUGGCAAUAAGAAUUAAUGAUAACCUUCUUGAAAAUUUUCUUCAGACCAAAUGCAUAAACACCAUUACUUAACCUCGAAUAGUCGUCAAUUAAUUCCGUCAAUGUAGUGUCAUUGGCCCUAGUUUAUUAUAGUUCCACGAUCGAAAGCAAACAAAUAAUAUCUAUUUAUAACCACCGCCCAUGAAAAAGUUAAAUAUAACAUUGAGAUCAAGGUCAAUACUAGUAGAGUUAAAUGUUCAGUCUCGGUAUAUACUUAAAUAUACAUGAUAAAUUUGUUUCUAUUUUUAUAAACUAAAACAAAAGAUUUAAAAUACGUUAACUAAUUUUACUUUUUUUAAUCAUAUUCUCUCUAUUUUUGUAAUGAUUUUCUAUAAUAGGCUGGUAUUUUACGUGAACUUCUUACACAACUCACUGAAAAAUCAGCUCAUGGUCCAUUAACAUUCGAACAAAUUCAUAAGAAAAUCUUAAAAACAAGUGAUUUCGUUGCAUGGGAACAUGAAAAAUAUUCUUGGUCAAAAUUACCCGCAUUUACAUUAUCACAUUUUAAUUCAUCCAAAACAUGUUCACAUUCAUCUAUUAGUGAUAUACGUGAUGAUGUCGAUUUAACAUCAAUCGAACGUAAUUAUCAAUAUAUAAGUGAUGCAUUAAUUCGUUUAAUAUUUAAUAAAACUGAUAUAAACUUAUCAAUAAUUGAUCAAAACUUUUUAUUAUCUGAUCAACAAUCUGA